GAUGGUUACAUUCAGGGGCGGACUGACCAUAUGGAAACUCGGGCACUGCCCGAGGGCCCGGAGUCAGUAGGGGGCCCCAUGAGAUGCCCCUGGUACCUUUUUCAUAGGCUUUUUUGUUUGGGCAAGGACACAGGGGCCCAAUGAUCCCCUAUUGCCCGGGGGCCCCAUGAGUUGUCAGUCCGCCCCUGGUUACAUUCCUCCAUCCCUGGUGUAUGCCGUGUCUGAGCAGAGGCUGGCUCCGUGCCCUACUGGAUGCUCUCCUCCUUAGGCC